GUUGUCCAUUUUAGAUUUAUUUAUUGAACAAUGAAUUGACUUAAUUUGUGUGUACUGAAUAAAAUUAAUAAAUGAGGAUGGGGAGUCUUGGGUUUUUUUUUUUUUUUAUAUAUUUUCUUUUGUGCACAGUAGUGAUUGCAGUUUUAUUUUUUAGUCAAGCGAUGAUGAGUGGCUCUUACAGAAGCCUCGGAAUGUUUAAAAAAAUAUUUUUAAUAUUUUUUGUGUUAUUAAUAACUGUUGAUGGUGCUUCAAUAUGUUCUGAAAUAUUAAAAAAUUGUUUUGAUAUUGAUGAACAAUCAAGUUCAACAGUUGAUGAUAAAAUUGAAGAUGUUGAGAGUAGAAUUUCAAGAUUGGAAAGACGUUUUCGAGCAAUGGAACAACCAGUUUGGCAAAUUAGAGGCUGGCCAGGUGAUUGGGAGGUUUGUGUCGAGGGACCAUGCAAAUGUCAACCAGAAACAAAAUCAAUAUCUUGCUGGAAUGAUGAACUAGAUGAUGUUCCACCUGCUCAACUUAUUCCACAAGAUUCUAUAAAAAUAGAUCUAGGAAAUAAUCACUUGACAGCUCUUCAUCGUGAUACCUUUCGAGAUUUGACAGAGCUACGUGAUUUAGAUUUGAGCAACAAUAUGAUUGAACAUUUGCCCUUGAAUAUUUUUUACUCUUUGGACAGUUUAACAAAUCUUCGUAUCAGUAAAAAUUUACUCAGAGAUUUACAUCAAAGUCAAUUUCUUCGAAUGCGUCAUCUUCAAAUUUUAGAUUUAUCUUCAAAUAAAUUCAUCGCUCUACCAGAUGAUCUUUUUAUCACAAAUACAAUAUUAGUCCUUCUCGAAAUAUCCUCAAAUCGAAUAUCAACACUACCAAAGACAAUAUUUAAUGGUUUACAAAAUUUAGAAGAAUUAUUUUUAUCAAAAAAUCGUUUAACAUCAUUAAAUUCAUAUGCUUUAAAAGAUUUAAUUAAUUUAAAAACACUAAGACUUGAUGAAAAUCGUAUACGUAAUAUUCAACCUGGUACAUUUGAUAAACAAAUUAAUUUAAUUGAAUUAAAUCUCAGGGAUAAUCACUUAACAUCAUUACCAUCAAGUUUAUUUUUACAUUUGAAAUAUUUAAAAAGUCUUGAUUUAUCAAGCAACAUGAUAUCACGUAUCGAUAAAGAUGCGAUGAAAGGUCUUGGCUCAUUAAAAGAAUUACGCCUUGGUAAAAAUCAAAUAAAAUCAAUAACAAAAAAAAUGUUUUUAUCAACUCCAUCAUUACAAAAUUUAGUGCUAUAUGCAAAUAAAAUUGAAAAUAUAUCAAAUGGUGAUUUUCAAGGUCUCAAAAAUUUAACAUUACUUUUUCUUCAUUCAAAUAAAAUUCGAUAUCUAGAGUCAGAUUCACUCCAAGAUAUCCUGAAUUUACAAAAGCUACAACUUGAGGGCAAUCACCUUUCGUAUUUACCAAGUCAUUUAUUUGAUAAUUUAAAUUCAAUUCAACAAUUGCGUCUUGCAAGAAAUCCAUGGGAUUGUAAUUGCGAUGCAUCGUAUCUUGCAACUUGGCUGAGAAAAAUGUAUUUUUCACAUUUAAAUAUAACAAGCAAUAAUGAUAAUCGUUAUAAUUAUUGGGAAUCUGGUGGUGGUGCUAUUUGUUGGGGUCCUGGUAUGCUUGGUGGUAAACUUGUUGCUGAAUUAUCAUAUGCUGAACUUUGCCAAGGACAAUGGGCAUCAAUGAAAGGAUUAAGACCUAGAAAAAAAAUUUAAUUAUUAAAUUAUAUUAAUUAUAAGUUUAUCCAAAAAUUAUUUACCCUUUCAGUUGUAGAAUCGAAUUUCUAACUCGUGGUCAAUCAAUUAAUUUGUUGGGAAAAUUAAUUGCGUU